AGAGAAAAGCAGAAUUGGAAAGACAAGAAAUGAAGAAGAAAAUGGAACAGGCAGAAGAAACGAUAAAAGUGUUAGAACGAGAGAUUGAGAGAUUGAAAGAGAUUGAGAAGGAAAUCAUAUUUGAAAGAGAAAGAGACGUGCGUAUUGCAGAGAAUGAGAAAGUCAAACUGGUUAACGAAAAGGUAAAAGAGUUAGAGAGAGAGGUUGAGAGACUGAAAGAAGAUAUGACAACAAAAGAGAUUCAAUACAAAAUCAAAUUUGAAAGAGCGAAAGAAGCGUUUAGAAGACAGAAUGAGAGAGUGAAACAGGUUAACCAAAAUGUACUAGUGUUAGACAGAGAGGUUGUGAGAAUGAAAGAAGAGAUUAGAUUGAAAGACGAGACUGAACCAGAGAGAACAUUUGAUAGAGACAGAGAGAGAGAAAAUGAUUGGAGACGAAGUGAAGAGGAGAUGAAAAAUAGAGUGGAGAGAGAGAUGGAGAUGGAGACGGCCCUCCUCAAUGACAAAAAGACGUCUGAAUUGGAGGAAGUCUUCAAGAAAAUCAAGGAACAGCGGAUAGAAUUAGAAAAUAUGGAAACAGACAAAUAUAAAUGGACACAGAACCAAAUGGACAUGGAGGAGAAGAUGGAGGGUGAGCACAACAAACAGAAAGAGGUUGAAAGAAAGAGAAUGGAGAAAAUACCAAAACAGAGACAAGAAGAAGAUGAGAAGAAGAAGGAGAUGGAGAGAGAAGAAGAGGAGAGACGCAAACAGAAGCACAUAGAGAUGGAAGAGGAAGAAAGAGAGAGGGAGAAAGAGAGACAGAGACAGAUCAGAAGACAGAGAAUGGAGAAGAGACAGAAAAUUAUGGAAAGAGAAGAAGAGAGACAGAGAGAGAUUGAAAGAGAGAUUGAAGAAGAAAGAUGUGGACAGAAGCAAAUAGAGAUGGAAGAGGAAGAACGAGAGAGGGAGAAAGAUAGACAGAGAGAGAUUGAAAGACAGCAUGAAGAAGAAAGAUCAAAUUGA